AUGAAUAUCCUGCUGCUCUAUUACCAACGGAAAGAGCCAAUAAGCAAGGCAGAUAUGGUGAAGUUUGUCAUUAGAGAGCAUGAGGCCCUGUUUUCUGCAAUCCUCAAGAAAGCUUGUAUGCGCCUUGAGGUUAUUUUUGGCCUGGAAAUGAAGGAAGUGGAUGCCACCAACCAGUGCUAUGGUGUCAUCAUGAAACAAGGCUUCACCUAUGAUGGGAUGCAGUGUGGAGAAUUGGGCAUUCCCAAGAUUGGCCUACUGAUGUUUGUACUGGGGGUGAUCUUCAUGAAGGGCCACCGUGCCACUGAAGAACACAUCUGGGAAGUGAUGAAGCAGACAGGGAUCUGUUGUCGCAAGAAGCACUUCAUCUUUGGCAAUCCCAAGCAGCUCUUCACCGAUGAAUUUGUGAAGGAAGGGUACCUGGAGUGCCAGAAGGGACCUGAUAGUCAUCCUGAGAAGUAUAAGCUCCUGUGGGGCCCAAGAGCCUAUGCUGAAACCACCAAGAUGAAAGUCCUUGAUUAUAUGGCCAAGGUUCAUGGGACUGAUCCCACUGAUUUCCCAUCUCUCUAUGAAGAGGCUCUGCUUGAUGAACAAGAGAGAGCCCACACCUGA